GAGGCCGCAGUAACGUGACUCUCUUUCACAAACGGGAAGUGGUACAGAGCGGAGAAAUAACUUCUGAAAAAGCUCAGAAACACCACGACCAGACGGUCUCCUCAGUCCCACGGUACGGGGCUGGACAGUACGUCGGAGUCCAGCUGAAAUCAGGACGCGGGCCGCUAUGGGUUCCAUGUUUCGCAGCGAGGAGGUUUGCCUGGUGCAGCUCUUCCUUCAGUCCGGCUCGGCCUAUAAUUGUGUCAGUGAGCUGGGAGAGCUGGGCCUGGUGGAGUUCAGAGACUUGAAUCCUAACGUCAACGCCUUUCAGAGGAAGUUUGUCAAUGAGGUCAGACGAUGCGAAGACCUUGAGAAAACCUUUACCUUCCUGGAGCAAGAGAUCACUCGCUCCAUAUCUCCACCCUUGCGUGGUCCCCUCUCUCCUCCCUGCCCAACGCCCUCAGCCCCUCAGCCCCGCGAGCUCAUCACCAUAGAGGAGGAGAGCGAGAGGCUGGCUAGAGAGCUAAAAGAGGUGUCUCGGAACAGGGACAGUCUUCGAGCUCAGCUGACGCAGCUCUGUCAAUACAAAGGAGUCCUGACCAGAACACACUCUCUCACAGCCUCACAGGCACCACCACCACCUGCACUGGAAAGCCAAGGUCUGUUUGAUAACCGCCAAGAUGUCCACCUCAGUUUUGUGGCAGGAGUGGUCCACCCUUGGAAGGUGCCCUCGUUCGAACGGUUGCUGUGGCGAGCGUGUCGCGGGUACAUUAUCGUGGAUUUCAGAGAAAUGGAGGAUCGACUUCAGCACCCAGACACGGGAGAAAUGGUGCAAUGGACCGUGUUCCUCAUUUCCUACUGGGGAGAUCAGAUUGGACAGAAAGUCAAGAAGAUAUGCGAUUGCUUCCGUACGCAGACAUUCGCAUACCCUGAAAGCACUGCUGAGAGAGAAGAAAUUCUGCAGGGACUUCAGGGUAGAAUUGAUGAUAUCAAAUCAGUGUUGCAACAGACCGAGGAGUUCCUGCAGCAGCUGUUGGUGCAGGCUGUGACUUUUCUGCCCCAGUGGAAGGUGCGAGUCCAGAAAUGCAAGGCGAUCCAGCUGGUGCUGAACCUCUGCAGCCCCUCGGUUACCGACAAAUGUCUGAUUGCUGAGGCCUGGUGUCCCACUGCCAAGCUGCCUGAACUGCAGAGCGCUCUGAGGGAAGGAGGGAGGAAGAGUGGCAGUGGGGUCGACUCCUUCUACAACCGCCUGCCGUCCUCCACCCCUCCGCCUACUCUGUUUCCCCUCAACUCUUUCACGUCUGGCUUCCAGAACAUUGUUGACGCCUACGGAGUGGCCAGCUACCGUGAAGUCAAUCCAGCGGUGUACACCAUUAUUACAUUCCCCUUCCUGUUUGCGGUGAUGUUUGGCGACGUGGGCCAUGGUUUACUGAUGACUCUCGCUGCCCUCUGGAUGGUACUUGAGGAGAAGGACCCCAAACUGCGGAACAGCAACAAUGAGAUCUGGAGGAUGAUGUUUGGAGGGAGGUACCUCAUUCUGCUGAUGGGACUGUUCUCUGUCUACACGGGGGCCGUUUACAACGAGUGCUUCAGCAGAGGCCUUGCUACAUUCAACUCGGGGUGGCACGUCCAACCGAUGUUCGAAAAGAACAUAUGGAAUUCGUCGGUGUUGGCAGGGAGCCAGUACUUGUCCAUGAGUCCUACUGUCCCUGGCGUUUUUACCGGCCCGUAUCCAUUCGGCAUCGACCCGAUCUGGGGCCUGGCCAACAACAAACUGACUUUCCUUAACUCCUACAAGAUGAAGAUGUCCGUCAUCAUCGGUGUUAUUCACAUGACUUUUGGAGUCUGCUUGUCAUUCUUCAACUACUGGCACUUUGGCCAGUUAAGGAGCCUGUUCUUUGUGCUGAUCCCAGAGCUGAUCUUCAUGCUGUGUCUGUUUGGCUACUUGGUGUUCAUGGUGAUCUUUAAGUGGAUCGUCUAUACCCCUGCCAUGUCCAAAAGCGCUCCCAGCAUCCUCAUCCACUUCAUAGACAUGUUCCUGUUCACGCAAAAUGCCGACAACCUGCCGCUUUACGAGGGACAGGUUGUGGUGCAGACCGUCCUGGUGGUGCUGGCUCUGUGUGCUGUCCCAGUCCUCCUGCUGGGGAAGCCAGUGUGUGAAUACAUCUCAUUCAAGAGAAGACGACGUCACUUUGAGGCAGAAAGGCAGCCACUGGUGUCUGACAACGGCUCCAUCAACACUCGUCAGGGGGAGUUAGAAGGAGGCGCUGCUGAAGAGGAGGAGUUUGAUACUGCAGAUGUGUUCAUGCAUCAGGCCAUCCACACCAUAGAGUACUGCUUGGGCUGCAUCUCCAACACGGCCUCUUACCUCCGACUCUGGGCUCUGAGUCUGGCGCACGCACAGCUGUCAGAGGUCCUGUGGUUGAUGGUCAUGCGUAUUGCACUGAAGUGGCAGGGCUACGUGGGAUCCGUCAUCCUCUUCGUGAUAUUCGCCUUCUUUGCUGUGUUGACCGUCUCCAUCCUCUUGGUCAUGGAGGGACUCUCAGCUUUUCUGCACGCGCUCCGUCUGCACUGGGUGGAGUUUCAGAACAAGUUCUACAGCGGAGCAGGCUACAAGCUCAGCCCUUUCUCCUUCUCAUCUCUGAUCAACGCCUCAAACGCUAUAUGACCGGCCAAACGAUUAAUCAGAAUUGCCAAACGGUUAAAUUAACUUGUGUAGCUCGUGUCAGAAUUAGCCUGUCUUAUGUUAUUCUGCUGCCCGUGGGUCGUGAAAUGGGUAACAAAUCUUGCACAGUGAUCACAAUGAAUGAUACAGACUGUUAUUUUUGCAUCAGUACAAUGAAAAUGAAUCCCUAUAUGAUACAUUACAAGUGUAUUAUCACAUGGAAAAAAAAAUACUUUUGUAUCCCACUUGCUGAUUUCAGUGUUACGUAUUACACUUUCGGAAGAUCAAGAUUAUCAUUUAACUCUUAAACACUUAGGCAUCACUUAUGAAAAGGGAAAGUACUGUACAUCACAAAUGGAUCUGUUCUGCAGUUUAAGGGAAAAUGUGGUUGUUGAGUGGGUGCACUGGAUGGUUUGAUCAAAUGACUGCAGGGAAUGAUCUGAAUGAGUUUCAUGAGCCAAAGAUACUUUCCCCUCAUUGUCCUGUCUUCCAAACAUACAACAGGUAUUUAUUGAUAGUUAGAUGCAUUUUUCUGGUGCCUUACUGGAACUGUUGUUGUUGCGUCAUGUAUUUUGGACGGAUCUUAACUUCUAUUACUGCGCCACUACUUUAUACACUGCAAUGGUUUGUGUUUUUCUGCCAGUUUACACAAAAAAAUCUUCAUUAAAUUGAACCGAAAUUAAA